AUGUCUCGCCCCGAAUUAACGGGACACGCGUCGCUUUUUUACAACGAAAAAGAGGCCCGCAAGUAUGAUUCAUCGUCGCGUAUGAUCGGCGUGCAACGCGAGAUUACGGAACGAGCGGUUGAACUCUUGCGUUUGGACGACAGCAAGCCAUCGCUUGUUCUCGACAUUGGUUGUGGUUCCGGUUUAUCGGGACAAGUGUUGGAAGAAAGGGGACACGUAUGGCUAGGUUGCGAUGUUUCGAGGGAUAUGUUGACUGUUGCCAAGGAACAUGAAGAAGACACUAAAGUCCUGCAAUCGACGGGCGAUUUGAUGCACCACGAUAUGGGCAGUGGCCUUCCGUUUCGACCAGCAACCUUUGACGCCUGCAUUUCCAUUUCGGCAUUACAGUGGCUUUGUUAUUCGAAUUCUGCCGCGCAGAAUCCGCGUAAGCGUCUGACUCGCUUCUUCUCGUCUCUGUAUACGGUCUUGAAGCGCGGAGGCCGCGCUGUCCUGCAAUUUUACCCCGAAACCGCCGAGCAAGCAGUUUUAAUUUCCGAGACGGCCACCAAGGUUGGUUUUGCGGGAGGAGUCGUUGUCGAUUAUCCGAACUCCGCCAAGGCUAAAAAGCACUAUCUUGUGCUCAGCUUCGACCGUAGUUUAGCUCCACGUCGGGGUGCCCUCGGAACAGCCGAACAGGACCAAAAGCAGCAACACGUGACGGUGGGUGAAGCUCUGGGAUCGAACAAGGGUAAAAAACAGCCCCCACGAAAAAAGAAGGGCAUCAAAACAAAGGAAUGGAUUUUACACAAAAAGGAUGCCCAACGUACAAAGGGCAAAGACGUUCGCCCCGACACGAAGUACACGGCGCGGCGAAGGCGUGGAAAGUUUUAG